AUGUCGGACCAACACGUCACCGUGACGUUGGUGCCGCUCAUCGACGUUGCCAACCCCCCACGUUCUCUCCUCCUCAACCCAUCUGGUGACCACCUGGAGGUGUCCAUUGGUCGAUGCUCUAAGCGUGAGAUCAGAAAGCGAACCCCUGCAGUAGACAAUGCUUGGUAUGAUUCUCGGGUGAUGUCUCGUGAUCAUUGCACCCUGACCAUCAAUCCGGACCGACGGAACGCCCAUGUCUGCGACUUUGGAUCUACUCAUGGAACUUUCCUGAACGACGCAAAGUUGGUCACUGGUCUCCUUACUCCCCUGUAUGAUGGAGAUAUUCUGCGCUUCGGUGUCAACGUGGACCAUGGUCGUGGUAGGUUUGAUAUACAACCUGGAACCUUUAUUCGAUCUAACAUGACCACAGACAGUUUUCCAGCCAUCGAAGUCCGAUAUAACAUUGAUUGGCCCAAGCGCGAGGUGAUAGUCAUUGCAGAUGACCCUCCAGUCGAGACAGUUCCUUUCAAAGCCACCGACGGUCGUUCUACAAACACAUUUACUGUUCCCGAUGACGAGAGCGAUUUCGAAGAAGACGAGAGUGUCGCUGGGGAGUCCUCUCUUGUUCUUGGUCAAGACUACCAGGAGGAUCAUUCUGAUCACCCCAGUGACGACUCCAAAGAAUCCGUUCCUCGGUCUUGGGAAUCCGGUCAUCUUGAGCCCGCCGAGACCUCGCCUCCCUCGAGUGUGGAUAAGGGCGAGGCACAAGAUCAGGAUGUGAAGCCAAAGCCUGAGGGUCAUCUCGCAGACCGUUCACCGGUGAUGGGUGUGGAUAAGAGUGAGAAAAAAGAGCCCGACGUGGAGUCAAAUCUUGAGAGGACGCUUAAUCCUGCGGUCAUUGAUCUUGCCACCGUGGAUCAGCCAUGUGAUAACUCAUCGAGCAGCCUCGAGCCUAUGGGUUCGAAACCCGUGAGGCCACUGAUACUAGUCUCAGCCCCAUCUGAGCACAACCCACUUCCCAAUGCCCAGUUGCAUUCCUUCGGGCAAGAUGGUCGAUUCUCAGAAUCCUGCUACGACAAGAUACCCGAAGACACUUUGAGCGACUGGAAAAUCAUGAAGCCCAUCUUCAUGCGUUUGGCCGAUAUGACUUGGGGUGAAUCGGACCACAUACCAGACGUCGAUUACGAAAAGCGCAUUAUCCAUGCCACACGCCGCUGCUCCCUGGCCCGCGACUCUUACUGGGUGGAUGACCAAGCCAGCUUCCAACCACAAGUUGGUACUGAAGUUCCCUUCACACUGACCGAAGGCGAGUCGGACAGUUCUUUCCACCGGAUGCCCGGGCGCAAUCUCAGAUACUGGGCCGUUGACAAGCGCCGACACUGGGUCAUCUGCGAGGACCAAGACGGCCAGGAAAUGGACAAUUGGUGGUGGAUUGUUGAAAAGCCAUGGGACAUUCUUAGUGAUGCGAUCAAGGAGGAAAUCAACAAGGAAUCCGAGGUCCCCGAUUGUCACAAAUGCUGGAUUGUUAGGACCUGGGAGCCCCGGAUGAUCGGCGACAUAUGGCUCGAGUCGCCCCCAUACUGGGAUUCUGGCUUCAAACAGAUAAUUUUCUCUGACGACGAAUCUGCUGACUCGGAUGAGGAAGACUGGGAUUGCGAAUAUGAUGAAGAGCAUGAAAGUCUCGGGAAUGUUGAUCCCGUGGAACUUCCUCUCUGCAGUCUCCACGAACAUAAUGGGACCAACAGACAUGAAUACUUCGAGACCGAUGAUGAAUCAGAUGUUUCGGUAGACUCUCAGUCUAUUCCAGACUCACUGGAUGAAAACGAAGAUGAGGAAUCUGGUGUAGGCAGUUUCGCAUCUGAACAUUCCUGGAGUGCCGAAUUAUCUGAGGGCGAAUCUGAAUCUGGAGAGUGCUCUGAUGGCUCUGAUGACGAUGGAAUGGAUUCGAUCACCUCGCCAAUCUACCAUGCUUGGGACUUCACUCAACCCGGCAUGGUUUCGAAGGAAUACAUGGCGGAAGCAGGUCCCUCUUCAUUCCGCAACCUUCUCCAGAAAGAACCCGCAAAGGCUGACGAGAGCCUGUUGGAAGAUCAUAUCAUUGACUCUUCCGUGUCUCUCGAGUCCCCAACUCGGAUUGAGGAAGCUUUCCAGGGCCUGACGAAUCCAAAAUCUCAAUUCCCGGAACACGCUGUAUCUCUGAAGCUACCGAGUUCUUGCCAGGGCAAUCCUCGUACUUUCAGCUUCGAGCCUUCGGCCACGUCUGUGGGCCGUGUCUAUCAUGACGGGCCAUUUUCAAUCAACACCAACUUCAGCAAACCUAUUGCACCCCUCCCUCUAUCUCCUCCCCUCACUGCUGGGAUUAUGAAGCGACCCGCCUCUGAGAUGGAGUCCUCUGGUCCUCCGGAAUCUGUCACCCUUCAACAUACCCAGCGGGCGUCUCUAGAGGAAGCCAAGUGUGCGGUUGCCUCUGCACUAGCCGAGAACACCUCGGCGGUCACUGAGAAUGACCGUCCGGCCAAGCGGGCCAAAGCAACCCACACACCCUCUACCAGCUUGGCUCGCCAUGCUACUACUGCGCUUGUUGGUGCUCUCCUGGGUGGUCUAGCAACAGUUGCCACGCUAGCAGCUUUGCCAAAUGAGUACUUCGCUUGA